CGCCGCCACCGCUCCUCCUCCUAGAUGAUCUCCCUCAAGCCCUUUUCGGGCGCGACGACGCGCGCGCUGCGGAGCCGGAGCUUCCACGCGGGCGCGGGCGCCUUCAGCCCGCUGUCGGCGGCGCGCGCCUCGGCGAUCUCGCGCCCUGCGCCGCCCGUGCGCUGGGACUCAAACGACGCUGCGCGGCCGCCCUCUGCGACCUCGGACUUCAACGAGCUGCGCGAGCGCUCGCUGCUGCGGCACGUGAUCAGCUCGUCGACGGAGGGCGAUCCGGCCUCGGUGCUCGACGCGAUGGACGUCUUCUGGGACACGUACUUCAACGGCGCUGGCACGGCCGAGUGGAAGCUGCGCAGCCAGGCCAUCGACCGCGCCGUCGAGGAGGUGCAUGCGAAGCGCGGGCCGGAGGCGUACGUGAUGGAGCUGGGCACGUACUGCGGCUACACCGCCGUCCGGAUGGGCCGCCUCCUCCCGCCCGGCGCCAAGCUCGUCUCGGUCGAGAUCGAGCCGCUGUUUGCCGCGAUUGCGUCGACCGUGGUCGAGCACGCGGGGCUGCGGGACCGCGUGGAGGUGCGGAUCGGGUCAGUGGCCGAUCGGCUCCCGUCGAUCCAGGCUAAGCACGGCGCUCGGCCUCUCGACGCAGUGCUGCUCGACCACUCCAUCAAGGACUUCUUGCCCGACCUGCGGCUGCUCGAGUCCAACGGCAUGAUCAACAGUGACACGGCCGUGUUGUGCGACUGGAACCUGUACCCCGGCACGCAGGACGGCCGGGACGAGGCGCCGCAGGCGGGCACUGAGUUCAUGGACUAUCUCAAGAAGAUUGUCUCGGACCAGGACAUCACCACCACGAAGCACUCUGUCGGCGACAAGGACGUCUUCACCGUCUCGACUUGGUCGGGGGUCGUCUAGGCGCCCGGAGAGCACACUCUCUUGCCCCCGCGUCUACCCUCUCGACAGCACAGGCCUCUCGGAGCGUCAACCAGCCGCCCACACCCUCGCGGCCGCCCUCCCCACACCGCGUACGUUCGGGUUCGCUCGCAGCUAGAGCGGGCAGCGGCCAAAGCGCCAAGCGUGGCGCCACCGCAAUACGCACGCGCGCGGCGGCCGCUAUGACGUUGACAAUACUUAGUUCGUUGAGAAUACUUAGUUCUUCGGUUUUGCAGCGUUGACGAAAAA